AAGAAGGAGGAAACUAUGCCUUCUGAGGGAGAGAAAUCUCCUGAGGCUGAGAACAACAAUAGGAACAAAAAAACUGGAGCUUCUCAGGAUUCUCAGCCCUCCCCUCUGGCUCUGUUGGCAGCAACCUGCAGUAAAAUAGGAACUCCUGGUGAUAAUCAAUCAACUGGACAACAGAUUAUUAUAGAUCCAAGUCAGGGUUUGGUUCAGCUUCAGAGUCAACCACAGCAGUUGGAAUUAGUGACAACUCAACUUGCUGGAAAUGGUUGGCAACUUGUUGCAGCUCCUCCUGCUUCAAAAGAAAACAACAACCAGCAAACAUCUUCUGUUAUUUCAACUAUAGCAAAUCCCUCCAAUAGCAACAAUGGAAAUGUAUCUCCCUCAAAAACUAAAUCAAGUAAUUCUUCUGGAGUAACUUCAGGACAAUUUCAAGUCAUCCAACUUCAGAAUUCAGGUGGUAGCGUUCGGUACCAAGUGAUUCCACAAAUUCAGACAACAGAAGGUCAACAAAUUCAGAUAAAUCCUGCUAAUGCCACAGCUCUGCAAGAUAUACAGGGUCAGAUUCAGCUUAUUCCUGCAGGGAAUAAUCAAGCUAUCAUUGCAACUGCAAAUAGGACAGCUUCUGGAAAUUUUAUUGCUCAGAAUUUGGCAAAUCAAACAGUGCCUGUCCAGAUUAGGCCUGGUGUUUCUAUUCCAUUGCAGCUACCUAUUGCUGGUACUCAGGCUCAAGUUGUAACUUCAUUGCCUAUAAAUAUUGGGGGAGUGACUCUAGCAUUACCUGUAAUAAAUGUUGCAACAGGUAGUAGUUCUGGACAAGUUGUCCAAUCCACUGAUAGUGGGCUAUCCAAUGGAAACCAGCUGUUGUCCACACCUGUCACAACAACUUCUGUUAGUGCUGUGCCUGAAUCUCCUACUUCCACUUGCACAACCACAGCCUCCACAGCAUUAACAGGCAAUGAAACAUUAGUUAAUACUGGAGAAACAGGCCAGUAUGCAAGCACAGCGAAUAGUUCUGAAACUAGUACUGAAGAAGCUCAAACUACCACAUCUGAAACAGAGGCACAAAAUUCUAGUCAGCUUCAAUCCAAUGGAUUGCAAAAUGUACAGGAUCAGUCAAAUUCACUACAACAGGUUCAAAUAGUAGGUCAGCCUAUUCUCCAGCAGAUCCAGAUCCAACAGCCUCAGCAGCAGAUCAUUCAAGCAAUUUCUCCACAAUCUUUCCAGCUUCAGUCAGGACAAACUAUUCAGGCUAUUCAGCAACAGUCAUUGCAAAAUAUUCAGCUGCAAGCAGUGAGUCCAACACAAGUACUCAUUAGAGCACCAACUUUAACCCCAUCAGGACAAAUCAGCUGGCAGACAGUACAAGUCCAAAAUCUUCAAAGUCUUUCAAAUCUCCAAGUUCAAAAUGCUGGGCUACCCCAGCAAUUAACUAUUACCCCUGUGUCUUCAAGUGGUGGUACAAUUGCGCAAAUAGCACCAGUAGCUGUUGCUGGCACACCAAUAACACUUAAUGCUGCUCAGAUUGCUUCAGUGCCUAAUCUUCAAACCGUAAGUGUGGCCAACUUGGGUGCUGCAGGUGUUCAAGUGCAAGGAGUGCCAGUUACUAUUACAAGUGUUGCAGGUCAACAACAAGGACAAGAUGGAGGAGUGAAAGUACAGCAAGCAACAAUAGCUCCUGUAACUGUAGCUGUUGGAGGUAUAGCUAAUGCAGCAAUGGGUGCUGUUAGUCCUGAUCAAAUAACUCAAGUGCAGCUGCAACAAGCUCAGCAAGCAUCUGAUCAAGAAGUGCAGCCUGGCAAAAGAUUAAGAAGAGUUGCUUGUUCAUGCCCUAAUUGUAGAGAAGGGGAUGGAAGAAGCAGCAAUGAACCAGGAAAAAAGAAACAACAUAUCUGCCAUAUUGAAGGCUGUGGUAAAGUAUAUGGGAAAACAUCUCAUCUCCGGGCACAUCUUCGCUGGCAUACAGGGGAAAGGCCAUUUGUGUGCAAUUGGAUCUUCUGUGGGAAAAGAUUUACAAGAAGUGAUGAAUUGCAGAGACAUAGACGAACCCAUACAGGGGAGAAAAGAUUUGAAUGUCCAGAGUGUUCUAAAAGAUUUAUGCGAAGUGAUCAUCUCUCCAAGCAUGUCAAAACACAUCAGAACAAGAAGGGUGGAGGAACAGCCCUUGCUAUUGUUACCUCAGGUGAAUUGGACCCUUCAGUUACUGAGGUUCUUGGAUCUCCAAGGAUUGUUGCAGUAGCAGCCAUUUCUCAAGAUUCAAAUCCAGCAACUCCAAAUGUUUCAGCAAACAUGGAGGAAUUCUGAAAUAAUAUUACAUAGAUGCCUAGAACUGCACUUAGGUUUACAUACUUUUCAAGAUACAGAAGUGGGCUAGUAAAAGUGUAUAACAGAGCAGAAUAUCAUGUAUUCAGUCUUGAUUACUAUAAGUAUUCCAAGCUGGAAAAUUAGCAUAAAAAGUGUACUUUGUAGAAUAAGACAACAUUAAGAAAAACAGAAUCAAUUCAUAGAGAU